GUAUAGUGGUGCUGCGCGGAUUGUGAUUUCAACUUUGCACUUCUGCGCGUGAACAGAGCCGUCGCCGGACAGUCAACAAAACUUUAUAAUUCGAAUGCUACUCUUGCACCAUCCCGAUCCGCGUGUCGACUCGCAUUUUUGUCGAACAACGAAGUCGCUUUGGUUCUGUUUUUUUCAUGCUCUUACAGAGAUACUCGUGUUCAUCAAAAUCGUUAGAAAAUGUGUCCAGAGUAUAAGACGACGUUGCCAGGUGUUACCAAGCGAAUGUGACCAUUAGGCUUACUACUUACUACCUGGCACUUUUGUGAAGAAGCAUCUACGAGGAAUUAAGUGUAUGAAUUAAGGAAGAAAAGAAUUUUUACAACCGAUCGGAAUUUCAUCGAAAAGUAUUAUUUUCUUAUGAAAAUCGUGCAAGUGUUUGAGAACGUUAAAGAUCCCAACAAAAUAUCGAUCGAAAAGAUUUCCGAAGGAUAUCUUCGCAUGUACGAUAAAUUUGAAGUAUUUUAAAAAAUAGUAUUUUUAAAGUAGCCAAACGUAUAAUAAAAGUAAACGGUUUCUCGAGUGUACGAGGCAGUUUUCGUUCGCGAGGAUUCACGUGUUCACUUUUUCGAAGACGAAGAUGGAAGAACGUACAAUGGCAUUCCUGACAAUCCUAUAGAACCGGAGAUCAACGGAAAUUCUCAAAAAUGCAGGCGACGGUUUCGCUUGAUCGAAAAAAUCGAAUUGUCGGAUGGGAUCAAGAGUUUCGCAAACAAAAGGGCAAGAGCGAAUAAAGUGAUGCUUCUUUAUCGAGACACCUAGUAUCGACGUGUAUCUUACUAAGAGCGAAAGGAAUGCUACUUGUUAGCAGGUGUAUACAUAAUAUAUAUCUCUCUCGCUUUAACGUGCGCGUCCCCGAGUUUAUGUUUCUAGGAAAAGAAUAAAGACUCUCGUCAAAGCGUCGAAUAGGCAACGAUGCGAAUUUGAAGAUGCGAGAGAACGCAGAGAAAAAGCGCGUAGACGUGGGCGUAAUUUCGGUGGCUACCGCGUGAAUUUCUACGAGUUCGACGACAAAAUCUGAAGCGUCCAAGAACAUCGAAACGAAGCAAGAGAAGGUCGGUGCGACGUACGGUGCGGGUGGACGCCGUCAUCGCCAACGAUUUUUCAGACAGUUCAAGUAUAAGAAUGAAGGUACCGCGGAGAAGCGUAUUGUCGACAUAUCCGUCGGAUGAGAGAUCCGAUUCGGAGAGAGACGCGAGGAUACGAAAAUUUCUCUUUACCGCUGUGUGCCUCGCAUGGAUCACGAGCAGCGCCUGCGCCACUGAACCUCUUCAAGAGCCACGCUUUACGACACAACCUUCCAGUAGUGGUAAUAUUCUUAGUGAACAUCGUAAAAAAUUUCUACAGUGUCAAGCAAGAGGAUACCCACAACCAAAGUAUCAAUGGUUUAAAAAUGGUAAACCCCUUAGUAAUGAACUCACUUCAGAACCUUACUUUCGAAUUGAAAGUACACAUAGAGAAGAUGCAGGGAUAUAUCAUUGCGUUGCUACAAAUAGUGUAGGAUCUAUAUUUAGUGAACGAAUUACAUUCACAGUAGCAUAUAUGGGUUUAUUUGAAGAUCUUACAAAGAGAAUAGUAACUGUAGAAUCAGGUAGUGCUGCUAUUUUAGAGCUACCACCAAUUGAAAGUCAUCCAAUACCUGAUGUGACAUGGUUUACUUCUGAUGGAUCAUUAUUAUAUGGAAUAAAAUAUGCAACUACAGAUCAUAAACUACUUAUUCUCAAUGCUUCAGAAGAAGAUCAAGGUUUAUAUAGAGCCAGAGCUAUUAACACGCAAUUAGGAAAGGAAGAGAAUAGUCCAUUUUUUAAAUUACAAGUUAUAGGAGACCCCAACAUUGAAGUAGCUCCUACCAUUAUAAUAAGACCCCAAGAUACUCAAAUAUUAAAGGAUCAAGAUGUUACAUACAUACAUUGUAUUGCAAAUGCUAGAUCACUUCAUGAAUUAAGAACAUUAUGGACAAAAGAUGGUAUACCUAUUGAGAAUUCCAGAAUAUCAUACAGUUUUAAUGAUUCAUGGAAUAGAACCUUAAUAUUAAUUUCUGCCAACAUAACUUAUAAUGGAAUAUAUUCUUGUCAUGUUGAUUUAAGAAGUGGUGGUUAUCCGACUGUAAAUGCAAGUGCUAAAGUUGUUGUAUACGAAAAACCAACGUUUAUAACAGAGUUAAAGAGGGAAACUCUGAGUGAUUAUGGUUCAACUGUUACAUUAUCUUGCGAUGCUGUUGGUGUACCACCUCCAAAAAUAAGUUGGUUUUUUAAUACUGAACCUAUCAAUCAUUUACUAGGAUCUAGGUAUGAAAUUGAAGAAGAUGGAUCUCUUACAAUCAAAAAAUUAACUAUGGAUGAUUCUGGAAUGUUUCAAUGUCUUGCUUCAAAUGAUGCUGGGGAAGCAUCUAGUUACACAUGGUUGAAAGCUAAAAAGGGAUUGAGAAGCUAUCUGAAAAACAGAGUUAUUCGCUGGGCAGCUGGCUACAGUGUAGUCCGAGCUCGCCAGCCUGACCGGCGUUUUAAGUUCUCUCAAUAUCUAGCCACAUCUGGGCCAAUUAUGGAAAAUGGUCCACAAAAUUUAACUGUGUUAGAUGGAAAGGAUGUAAUAUUAACUUGCAAUGCUAUUGCAGCACCAGUACCUAAUUCUACAUGGAUUUAUAAUGAUACAAUGCCUGUUGAAAUUGCUGGAAGAGUACAAGUUUUAGAAAAUGGCGAUCUUUUAAUUGCAGCUGUGAAGCUAAAUGAUGCUGGUAAAUACACUUGCAUUCGUGCAAAUGAAGCUGGUUCUGUAAAUGGGUCAGCGUAUAUCACUGUCCUCGUUCGAACACAAAUUAUCCAGCCUCCAGUUGAUACUUCUGUUCUUCUUGGCCAUACUGCUGAAUUACAAUGCAAAGUUUCAAACGAUCCUAGUGUUUUAUAUGACAUUGCAUGGUUUCAUAAUGCACAAGUGAUAAAUACACAAGCUAGCCAAAGAAUAAAAAUGCGUAAUGAUGGCACAUUAGAAAUUAUUGCCGUGCGUGCUUCUGACGUAGGAGAAUACACGUGUUCUGUCGUUUCUCCAGGCGGUAAUGAAACACGUUCUGCACGACUUAGUGUAAUAGAAAUACCAUUUGCUCCUAUAAAUGUUAUGGCUGAUAGAGUAGAACGAAUUUCACCUCGUACAAUAAAUGUUACUUGGGUGCCAGGAUUCGAUGGAAAUAGUCCUAUAAAGAAGUUUAAAGUGGAACAUCGUGAAGUUCCUGAGUUAGGACCUAUACCUGAUCCUUUAUUAAAUUGGUCCAUUGAACGAGACAACAUAUCAGUUCAAAAUCGAUGGAUAUUGUUAAAUAAUCUAAAAGCAGCUGCGGCAUAUCAAUUUCGCGUGAGUGCAGAAAAUAGUGUUGGUGAAGGACCUCCUUCGGAUCCAAGCAAUGUUGUUGUUCUUCCACAAGAACCUCCUUCUGGGCCACCUAUAGGUUUUGUUGGAUCUGCUAGAUCAUCGUCAGAAAUAAUCACGCAAUGGCAACCACCUCUCGAAGAAUUUCGUAAUGGUCAUAUUUUAGGAUAUUUAUUGAGAUAUAGGCUAUAUAGAUAUAAUGAUAGUCCAUGGACUGUUCAAAAUAUUACCAAUGAAGCUCAAAGAAAUUAUUUAAUAAGUGAUUUAAUAACAUGGAAAGAUUACAUAGUGCAAAUUGCAGCAUAUAAUGACAAAGGUGUAGGUGUAUUUACGGAAGAAUUAAAGAUAAAGACAAAAGAAGGAGUACCUGAAGCUCCACCUACUAAUGUUAAGGCAAAAGCAAUUAAUUCUACUGCAGUAAAAGUUUGGUGGAAACCACCAAAUCCUCAAAAAAUUAAUGGAAUAAAUCAAGGUUAUAAAUUACAAGCUUGGACAGGAAAUAGUUUGUCAGAAACAAAUGAAUACAAAGCAAUGACUGUACCACCGAGUUUACUUGAUCCUCUAGCUGAACAAAGUGCUAUUUUUAUGGGUUUAAAGAAAUAUACUUUGUAUAAUAUAACUGUGCUAUGUUUCACUGAUCCUGGAGAUGGUGAAAGAAGCAUCCCUAUUGAAGUUCGCACACGUGAAGAUGUACCUGAAGAAGUAGAGAAUUUACAAUUUGAUGACAUAAGUGAUCGUGCCCUUACUGUGAAAUGGAAUCCUCCGAAAGAAAUAAAUGGAGUACUUAUGUGUUAUCAAUUAAAAUAUAUGAUCAAGGACUUACCAGGAUCUCUAAAAACUGAGAAUUUCACAGCAGAUAUUCAAUCAACAAAAGUGGAACAUUUGCAAGCACUGACUCAUUAUAAAUUUGAAGUUAUUGCUUGGACUUCAGUAGGACCUGGUAAAUCUAAGAUUGCAAUUAUACAAUCCGGCGUAGAACCUGUUUUGCCUGAGCCACCAACUAAAUUGGCAUUAUCUAAUAUUGAUGCAUUUUCUGUGGUAUUGCAAUUUACUCCAGGUUUUGAUGGAAACUCUUCUAUAACAAAAUGGACAGUACAAGCGCAAACAGCACGAAAUUCAACGUGGUACAACAUAUAUGAAGUUUCCGACCCUGAUGCUAGUACAAUCUCAGUUGGUAGUUUAAUACCUUUUAUGCAAUAUAAACUUCGUUUGAUUGCUAAUAAUGUUGUUGGUCCUUCACGACCAUCAGAACCAACAAAAGAAUUUCAAACUAUUCAAGCACCACCUUCUCAUCCUCCAAAGAAUGUUACAGUUCGAGCAAUGAGUGCUACAGAGUUGCGUGUUAGGUGGAUUCCUUUACAGCAAGUUGAGUGGUACGGAAAUCCACGUGGCUAUAAUAUCACUUAUACAGAACUCCGAACGAAUGUAUCAAAAAAUAUUACUAUAGAAGAUCAUACUGCAAAUUCUUAUAUUCUAGAAAGUAUGAAAGGUUAUGCACUUUAUGAGAUAGUGAUGCAAGCAUUUAAUGAUGUCGGAUCAUCUCCGUUAAGUCCUAAAGCUAUUGAAAGAACUCGUGAAUCAGUUCCUUCCUCUGGACCAGUUAAUGUAGAAGCAAAUGCUACUUCUUCUACAACUAUACUUGUUAAAUGGGGUGAUGUACCUAUUGAACAUCAAAAUGGAUUAAUAGAAGGUUUUAAAGUUUACUAUGGAGCUAACUCUAGGUCACCGUUUCAAUAUAAAAAUAUUCCAAGUAAUACAACGUUCACAACAACUUUAACAGAAUUACGAAAAUUUGUACAAUAUCACGUACAAGUAUUAGCUUAUACAAGAUUAGGUGAUGGUACAUUGAGUAUGCCCCCGGUGCGAGUUCAAACUUUUGAAGAUGCUCCUGGACCACCAUCAAACGUGUCUUUUCCUGAUGUGAGUUUUAGCACAGCACGCAUUAUAUGGGACACUCCAGAUGAUCCAAAUGGAGAAAUUCUUGCAUAUAAAGUAAUGUUUCACCUUAAUAAUAGUCAAGAUCAUCAAUUCUCAAAAGAAUUUCCAGCUUCUGAUAGAACCUUUAGAGCUACUGGUUUAGAACCAGAAAAAUAUUAUAUGUUUUCCGUCACAGCACAAACCCGACUUGGAUGGGGUAAAACAGCAUAUGCUCUUGUAUUUACAACAAAUAAUAGAGAACGACCUCAACCUCCAUCAGUACCUCAAAUAAGUAAAUCACAAAUACAAAGUCGUCAAAUAACAUUUAGUUGGACACCAGGUCGUGAUGGUUUUGCUCCUUUAAGAUAUUAUACGGUGCAACAAUCGGAAAAUUCUGGGCCAUUUCAAAUGAUUCCUGAAAGAGUGGAUCCCUCCUUAACAUCUUACACUGCAAAUAAUUUAAAACCAUUUACGUUAUACCAAUUUCGUAUACAAGCAACUAACGAUAUAGGACCCUCAGAUUGGAGUACAGAAUCAAUUCCAGUACAGACGUUACCAGCAGCCCCUUCACGAGGUGUAACUGGAUUAAAAGUUGUACCUAUCACAACAUCAAGUGUAGAAGUAUAUUGGAAUACUAUUGAUGAAAUAUAUUGGAGUGGUGAUCACAAAACAGGUGGUUAUCGUGUAGUUUACCAACCAGUAUCUGAUUUUCCAACAGCUCUUCAAGCAACUCCAAAAGAGGAUAUAUUAGGAAUAAAGGAAACAAAAAUGAUAUUAAGUGAUUUGACAGAAGAUAGAUACUAUGAAAUUAUAGUGUUACCAUUUAAUUCCGAGGGUGAAGGUCCUCCAAGUCCUCCAGUUACUGUAUAUGUAGGCGAAGCAGUACCCACAGGGGUGCCUCAACAUGUUAAAGCUGAAUCUAUUUCUUCUACAGAAGUGUUAUUACGUUGGAAACCUCCACAAGCAAAUAUGCAAAAUGGAGAUCUGCUUGGAUACAAAAUAUUUUACUUGGUAACUGAUUCGCCACAAAAAUUAGAAAAAAAACAAGAAGAAGAAAUAGAAGUUGUACCAGCAUCCUCAUUAACUCAUAGCUUAGUUUUCCUCGAUAAGUAUACAGAAUAUCGUAUACAAGUAUUAGCAUUUAAUCCUGCUGGUGAUGGUCCACGAUCUCCAGCAAUUACUGUGAGAACAAAACAAGAUAUACCAGGACCACCUAACAACUUACAAUUCUCCGAAAUUACAAUGACAAGUUUACGUGUUUCUUGGGAAUCUCCAAAAAUGCGGAAUGGUGAAAUAAUUGGUUAUGUAGUAACUUAUGAAACAGCAGAACAAAAUGAUCGUUUUAGUAAACAAGUUAAGCAAAAAAUAACAGAAACUAGUUUACUCAUUCAAUCGUUAGAAGAAGAAGUUAUGUAUACUUUCAUGGUUCGAGCACAAACUAUUGACUUUGGACCUCCAAUAUGUGGUAAUGUUACCACUGGACCACAAGAUGGUUCUCCAAUGGCACCCAAUAAUCUUGCUGUUACUAAAACUGUUUCAAGUGUAGAAUUGCAAUGGACAAAUGGAGCUUCUGGAAAAGGGCCCAUUUUAGGAUAUUACAUUGAAACAAGACGUAAAGCAAUGGAAGAGUGGCAGCAUUAUGAUACACGUUGGCAAACAAUAGUGCGCAGUAGUAAUGGGCCUUUGACAGAAUACACAGUGUCUUAUCAAAAUUUACUUCCGUCCACUUCAUAUCUGUUCAGAGUAAUAUCUUAUAAUCGAUAUGGCAUUAGUUAUCCAGUGUAUUCUACGGAAACAAUUUUGACACCUUCAAAAUUAUAUUUGGAAUAUGCUUAUUUACAACAUAAACCAUUCUACAGGCAAACCUGGUUUAUGGUAACAUUAGCUGCUAUAUCAAUCAUUAUUAUAAUUAUGGUUAUAGCAGUUUUAUGUGUAAAGAGUAAAAGUUACAAAUAUAAGCAAGAAGCGCAAAAAACUCUUGAAGAAUCUAUGGCCAUGGAUACUGAUGAUAGACAAGAAUCAGAUUUAGAACUAUAUCGAUCUCGACAAGGGGGUGGUAGUGGCAUAACUGCAGGAAAUACUUGUGGGACUUUAAGCAAAAGAAAUACAUUAGCACGAAAAUCCAUGCAUCCACCUCCUCCUACAAUGUUAGGUAAAUCUCCCCCUAGACCUUCACCUGCUUCAGUUACUUAUCAUAGUGAUGAAGAAAGUCUUAAAGGCUAUGAUGAAAAUCCUGAUGAUAGUAGCGUCACAGAGAAACCUUCAGAAAUCAGCUCUACAGAUUCUCAGGGUUCUGAAAGUGAGAAUGAAAGUGUACAGUCAGAUCCACAUUCCUUUGUGAAUCAUUAUGCAAAUGUAAAUGAUUCAUUAAGACAAUCUUGGAAACGUCAAAAACCAGUAAGGAAUUAUUCUUCAUAUACUGAUUCUGAACCCGAAGGUAGUGCAGUUGUUAGUUUAAAUGGUGGACAAAUCAUUAUGAACAAUAUGGCUCGAUCAAGAGCUCCAUUGCCUGGUUUUUCAUCAUUCGUAUGAUCAGAAUGCAAUAGUUAAAAUUAAAUAAGUAUUAAAUACGGUUAAGGUAUCUCCUUAACAUGACAAUAUCUAAACAUGACUUUAAAAAUGACAGUAUCUAAAACAUGACUUUAGAGCAAUGUCAUUUUUUUAUAUAGAGUUAAAGACUUAUAUGGAAACACGUAUUUACAAGUGUUUCACGCAUGCAAAAGUUGUAGAGUUUAUAACUUCAACUUUAAAGCUUUUGACAUCCUCGUAUUGUGAUAUAUUAUAUUGAUACACGCG